AUGGCUUUUGAGUCAAUGACAAUAAGCUUUGCUGGAGCUAUCAAAGGGUGGAAGGAAGGGUGUAGAAGAGUUAUUGGGCUAGAUGCUUGUCAUCUAAAUGGUAAGUGUGAUGGUGUGUUGAUGGCUGCAACUGGGUUAGAUGGUGAAAAUGGUUUAAUCACAUUAGAAAUUGGUGUUUUUCCUGCUGAAACAAUUGAGAAUUGGGUAAUGUUCCUCACUGACUUGAAGCCAUUACUCUUAAGCCAUGAACAACCAUUGACAUUCAUUUCAGAUAGGCAAAAAUGGCUACUUGAAGUUGUUCCUUUAGUGUUCCCAGGCUCACAUCACAGAUAUUGUUGGAGGCACUUGUAUAACAAUUUCAAGCAGCACUUUAAGGUACAAAAAUUGUAUAGCUUAUUGUGGAAUCCAGCCAAAUGCUACAAGAACAAACAUAAACAUAUGGAAGAUAUGAAGAAGGAGAAUCCUGCUGCUGUGGUGUACCUUGAAAAGGUUGGUUUUGAGUCAUGGUCUAGAGCCUUUUUUGAUGACACUAGUAAGUGUGAACACCUCAAUAAAAACUUUAGUGAGUCAUUUAAUUCCAUGGCAAAAAACCUUAGGGACAAACCAAUAUGCAGACUAGGAAUUCUUUAUAAUCAGUUGGUUAUGAGUUUGUUUCACAAAAGGAGAAAAGAAAGUGCAAAAUGGAAUCCAAAUGGAUUGGUUCCUACUGCUAUCAAACUGAUUGGUAAAUUGUGUAAGUUGGUUGGUGCAUUUAAAGUAGACCCAUGUGUGAGUGGUAAAUUAUAUGAAGUUACAAAUGAGGGUAGCAAGGAAGUUUUUAUUGUGAACUUGGAAGAAAAGCAGUAUUGCUCUCAUUAUUACACAGAUGUUGCAUACAGAGCCACAUAUGCUGAAGUUGUCUUUCCAUUUCCUCCUCAAGAAGAUUGGCAUGAGUUGGAAGAACAUGAAGAGGUUGAAUUGGAAUAUGUUAUCAAGAUCAGGAAAUCCGGAAGGCCUAGAGUUAAGAGGAGGAGAGCAUGGGAUGAGCCUAAAGUACCUACAAAGGUAUAUUCAUGUUCAAGAUGUAAAUUAACUAGUCAUAACAAAACUACAUGUAAAGGUGGUGAUGUUGGAAAGAAUCCAAAAGCUAAGAGACCUUCUCCUACGAAGAAGCAAUCAUCUCAACCAUCUGGCAUUGAAAAAACAGCAGCUGCAUCUUCUUCUAAAGCUAAGAAAGCUCCUGCUAAAGCUUCUACAACUUCAAAGAAGCAGAACAAGAGUAAGGUACAUUCUGGAAUUGCAGGUAGAAGAGAAGCAAAGUUGAUGGUACAGUGGACAACUUUCAAUGCAGUGAUCAUCUUCUCCACAAGCUUGACAGCUUUUAUCUGA